ACGAACGCGGGGGAUAAAUAAUGGCGACGCGAGCCCCCGACACCACCACGUACGAUUACGAUCUCGCCACCCGCACUCGCAGGCGCCACCACUCCUCGCGCCGUGCGCACCGACACCCGCAUCCCCACCCGUGCGCGCGCGGGACCGCAUCGGGCGGACUAGCAAUGGUGGCGCCCGGGGGAGGAGAAGGCCCGUCGCGGUGGCCGGCGGAGGAGGAGCUUGACACUGUGCGGAAGAAGGUGGUGGAGAUUAGUGGAAGGGAUGAACGAGAGGUUAGGGUGGUUGCUUGCCCCUACAGGAUUUGCCCUUUGGGGGCUCACAUUGAUCAUCAGGGUGGAAUAGUCACAGCUAUGACCAUUAAUUAUGGAGUACUUCUUGGUUUUGUGCCCUCGAAUGAUUCUGAGGUUUUACUCCAAUCUGGUCAAUUUAAAGGUGUUAUACGAUUCAGUGUUGAUGAGUUGCAAAAGCCUAUUGAUAACCCAGAGAGCAUAAACUGGGAAAGCUAUGCAAGAGGUGCUGUUUAUGCACUGCAAAAUAGUGGAUAUGAUAUCAGGAAGGGUAUUAUUGGUUAUAUUUCUGGUGCGAAGGGACUUGACAGUUCAGGGCUUAGUUCUUCUGCAGCGGUUGGCAUUGCCUAUUUGCUGGCUUUAGAAAAUGUAAAUGAUCUGGUCGUAUCACCAGUGGAUAACAUUCAGUUGGACAAAUCCAUUGAAAAUAAAUACCUGGGCCUUGAAAAUGGUAUUCUAGAUCCAUCAGCAAUUUUGCUUUCACGGUAUGGCUAUCUCACCUUUAUGGACUGCAAGACAACGUCACCUUCCUACGUCUACUUCUCGGAGCCGAGUAAAAGCCAGCCGACUCAAGGACAAUUACCAUUCAAGAUUUUGUUGGCAUUUUCAGGGCUGCAAUAUAACCUACCAAAGAAGCGAGGAUAUAAUACACGGGUUUUUGAGUGCAAAGAGGCUGCCCGUGCUCUUUUGUGUGCUUCAGGCUGUGAAGAUGUGCCAAAUAUACUUCGUAAUGUUGACCCAGCUGUAUAUGAGGCCCAGAAGUAUAUAUUGGAAGAAAAUCUUUCCAGGAGAGCUGAGCAUUACUUUUCUGAAAUGAACCGGGUUCUUAAGGGAAGGGAGGCAUGGUCCCGUGGAAACCUACAAGAAUUUGGGCAGCUGAUCUAUGCAUCUGGUCGUAGCUCCAUAUUGAACUACGAAUGUGGGAGCAAGGAGAUGAUACAGCUCUACGAGAUCCUCCUGAAGGCCCCCGGCGUCCUCGGCGCCCGGUUCAGCGGCGCCGGCUUCAGGGGCUGUUGCCUGGGGAUCGUCGAGAGCGACCGCGCUGAGGAGGCGGCGGCGUACGUCCGAGCCGAGUGCGAGAAGGCCCUGCCCGAGCUGAUCUGCAAGAUCCCCGCGGAUCGCCGCGUGCUGGUCUGCGAGCCUGGAGACUCCGCGCGCGUCAUAUUACCCGACCACCACCAUCGUUGCUGAUGUAACGAUGAAAAGUUAAUAAAGCUCUUUUUUUUAAAAAAAAAUCUCCACUCCUGAUUGGCGUUUGGCUGGCGUUCUGUUGGUUUGGCGAUGGAGAGCAGCCGGAGGCGACGGUGUCAAGAGAGCGCCUCCUCCCUGUCAUCUGGAUCUCUCGUCUGGUUCCAGUUAUCGGAGAGUCGGCUACUGACGACGUAUUUGAACGUGCAUCGCAUUUGUGUACGUGUAUAACCAAUUGAUCUACUCGCAUAUGCUGUUGCUUGUAUAGACCGCAUGUAUAUGUAGGUUUAGUGGAAGCAAUCUGAGUAAAGUUAUGUUUGUUGGAAAAAAAUGUUUGGUUGA